UCCACACAACAACAAUUUCUCUCUCUUUCACUUCCACUUUCGCCCUCUGCGAUCACAAACAAAACAAUCCCCACCUAUUAUAAGAUAGAUAGAUAGAUCUAUCGCUCUCUUUUCAGCUAUUCAUCCCGCUUGAAUCUUAAUCAUUUGUAUUCAUCCCUUGUUUCUUCUUCUUCUUUUUAUCUAAAAGAUCGGAUCUUUCUCAUCCUAAUUAGCUCCCAUGGUCUGGGAAAAAGAUCAAACUACGGCCUACCGGCUUACCGACACACAGGCGGUUAAAUCAAUAAUAACCUCAGAAGAUCACUGCCAAGGUGGUUACCAGAACAGAGUCGUUAGAAUAAUUCUAACCGAUGCCUACGCCACCGAUUCAUCAGGGGACGAACUCGAUCAAGACGUUUCGAUCCCGAGAGUGAAGAGAUACGUCAAGGAGAUUCAUUUCAAGAAAACGGCGCCGAAAUCGAGGGCAAUUAAAAGACCCUUGACGAAUAGGAAGAAAUACAGGGGAGUUCGUCAAAGACCAUGGGGGCGAUGGGCGGCGGAGAUCAGGGAUCCGACCAAACGAAAACGGUUAUGGCUAGGAACAUACGACACGCAGGAGGAAGCUGCUUUAGUUUACGAUAAAGCUGCUGUUAUGCUGAAAGGAUCCGACGCCGUUACCAACUUUCCUUUGCCUCAGUUGCCGUCCGCAGUUGAAGACAGUCAGACAGAUAUUAACACUGAAAUCAAACAGAAAAACGACGUUGUUACAUCUUCUCCGACUUCUGUCCUCCCCAGUGAAGACUGGACGCCGUUUAGCGAUUUGGGCUACGGGGAGAUCGACGGGUUUGGGUUCGGGUUCGACGACGGUUCAUUUAAGUUGCCGGAUUUUAUGCCGUUGGUGAGGAACAAGUACGGGGAAGAAGAAGAAGAGAUUGGCGAGUUUGACUUUGAUGAAUUCCUGGUUGACGUAAGAUGAUGAGAAAGUGGGGUUCUUGAUCUGGAAACUAAUUAUUCAAACUUAUUGGGGGGUAUAUGAAUAUGAAUAUGAUGAUGAUGAUGAUGAUGUUUGAUUUGAAUCAUGAUUGUUUGUCCGUCCAAAAGAGAUGAAGGGGGCAUUAUCGUAAAUGCAAACUCAUAUAAAAUAUACCUAAAUAAGACUAGGGAACAGUAAUAUGUAUCAUGUAUGUAUGUAUGUGGUAAUUAUAUGUGUCUUGUCUUUACGUGUCAGUAAGUGAUUGGAGUAUUAUUUUGAGAGAUAAGUAGUAAAGCCGGAGGAGUUCAAAUAUAUUAUUAUUGGGC